CUGCAUUUGGAUUUAUUAUGACACGGCUUAUCAGGCCAUAAAUACCUGUGUCAAAGAUAUUUUUUUAACUUUUCAUUGCUGUUUUGUUUUAUUUCUUGAGAUUAAAUAUAUAUCGGUCAACAUUUACAUGCUUCAACCCAGCAUGCAUUGCAAAAGAAACACCUUAAACGUGACACGAGUCCAUCAAAGGGUUAACACAUUGAUACAGAGAGCACCUGACAUACCAAUGAACAAUUAGAGUUUGCAGUUGACAUGAUUUACAUGUCUUUGGACCAGUGUACAGGAAACUGAAAGGUGUGGCGGUUCAAUGGAAAUAAAUUCUGCCAAAGCUUCGCCUCGGGGCUUUGAUUCCAAUCCAGUCAUAUUUUUAUGAUUGCAUCACCAUCCUUACUUUGAGCACUGAGGAACUGAAUUGAUGUCUCAUUUAACUCAAAACCCCCAGCAUAUGUUGGUUGUUAUACUGUACGUGAGGUUGUCCUCAGGUGCCUCUGUUUGUACAGCAGGCUCUUUGCGUCUAUCGGGUGUGUUGUGUUAUAGUUGGCGUAUGUCUCAGACCCAGAAUGUUUUAGGGAAAUCCCUCUGCGACACAGACCCUGUGAAAAAAAGAUGUUGCAGCGUCAGUAGUGUAUACUGGAAUCCACGUCUGAACGAAUUAGACACGUAGCAAAAACAAAAAGGAACAUGCUCGAUGAACUAUGAAUGGCAUUUUGUGUUCCUAACAUGGGUGUGAUGCAAUUCCUGUGGCUGUUUGCUUCCCCUCAAUGGUUCAUUCAGGAUAUCGUCACUUUUCUGCACAAGCCUUAGCAAGUUCAUUUUAAAAAAUAGUACCGGUACAUGUCAGAGUUGCAGUAAUGUUCACAGAAAUUAGUUUCCGUAUCUGACUUUUACUCAGUAACUAAUCAGUUAGUUAAACCAUUCUCCAAAGCAAUAUUCUAGAUAUAUUAUUUGGAGAAUGGUUUUGGAUGAUCUAUGAGUCAGAUGAGUAUUUGGCUAUGGCGUGCUGAGCAGAGUUGAUGAUGAAUGAGCAUGCCAUUAUAGCCAGAAAAAUGUUACCACUUACUGAUGCAGGAGGCUUAAGGGUAACACUUUAGUUUAACCCCCAUAUUUAGCAAUCAAAAUCAGCAUAUGAAUGUUUCAUAAAUGGUUUAUAACACACUGUAAUGAAGCUGUAAGCAGAUAUCAGGUUGUGUUAACAAUGUUGUUGUCAUUAACUCCUUCUGUGAAGCAUUCACAACUGGAUGAUGUUAUAUAAACAGAUAAUGAACUUUAUUGUAUUCGUCUGUACAUGCAGGUACAUACUGUACUUGAAAUUUGACCUCUGCAUUUAACCCCUCCUGAGCAUUUAGGAGCAGUGGGCUGCUGUGAAGCGCCCGGGGAGCAACUUGCAGUUCACUGUCUCGCUCAAGGACACUUCGACAUGCAGACAGUAGGAGCUGGGGAUCAAACCACCAACCUUGAGGUUAAAGGACGACCCGCUCUACCCACUAUAAAGAAGUUCAUAUAGUGCUUAUAGAUUAUAAAUAUGGGGGGUUAAAGUAAAUUGUUACCACCUUGUUGCAAACAUGAUCCUCAUUUAGUCUUGUGGACAUUUAUUUAAUAGGGUUCAGUCAACAUAAAUACAUUUAGACUCAAAUACUUUAACUUAAAAUUGAAAAAAAGCUUGAGAGUACUGUCAACUGGCUACCCUCAUAAACAUUUCCCAUGUGUGGUGUAUGUAUGGGUAAAUACGUUGUACUUUACAAUAGAUUGUAAUGCAAAUAUAUGAGGAAGUGUGUGGAGUUUUUCAGUAUACAUCACAGAUGUUACAUCCAUCUUUCUUCAGAACAUACGUACAUUUGUCCUAUAAUCUCAUUGACUUCCCUCUCUGCUGAUCAUCCCCACCUCCCAGAUUCAAUUAUCACGUCAUUGUUCAGCCUUUCUGCAAAGCCAAACAUAUAUUAUCUUUCGUGGUACCUCUGUUGUGAAUAGAAUGAUAAGAACAACCGCAGAAUGACCACAGAUGCACCACAAAUUUUAAUUCCAUGAAGUAAAACUUCACAAGCUAAAACCACUCACUGAAUAUCAAGCAUCGCCAAACAAUCUGCAAGGGAAAAAAAAACUUUUUAUUUUGUAAACCACUCCCACUCUAUCAACACUCUACACGCCAAAGGGGCUUGGCCAAAAGUGUGCAAAGAAUAUAAGAGAGGUGACGUCCAGGUGGAGCAUCACACAGGUGAAGCAUUCGGAUUCUCAUGUCUCCACCCUCUACCGCCUGAGGAUACUACUAACUUUGCCGUACCAGACGCAGGAGCACACACCUCUCUGCCUCAACUAGGUAAAGAUAGUCCCCAUUGUUGUGCUCAUUCAUUCAGACUUGAUCUAUUUGUCUUUUGCUGUCAUAUGACUGUCUGGUCAGAUAUGUUAGAGAAGUAUGUGUGACUGCUGCUUUCACUUCUCACUUCAAUUUUGAUUCUGUCUCACAUGUGUGUUUUCUCUUUCCAGAGUAAAGUAUGCUGGCAGGAAUGGAAACGAUGGCUUAUGUGGCUGAGAUCAGGCUGAGCGGAGGUCGGGGGGCCUGGAGCAGAGUGGCUCCCUCCUCCUGCCCCGAGGUUGACCUGGAGGUCAUCGAGGAGUACCUGCAGGAGCACUCGCUGGAGGUUCAGCCUGCACACAUGCCCGCUUCACCUCCGACCACCAUGGGGCAGCAAACACACUCCCACCAGGGCACCAGGAUCAUAGAAAAUAGCUGGUCAGGUCAGCAUCCGUAUCAAUGGCACCUCGGCUCUCACACGCCUAACGAGGAAUAUGAAGAGCAAGCCCUGCCUCCAGCCUGGCUUAGUCCCCAUGACAACCAAUGGGCGUACACCUACAUGGCACCGGCAUGCAUUGACUCAGACUCGCUGUCCAGCAGCUCCCAGUACCAGGAAUACCGAGAUUCCCCGUCACCAUCGUCUGACAGGGGAGACAGGACGGACAGAAACCCCCUGCCUCUUGUCCCACUUUCAGGAAAGAGGAAGGAGCGUUUGUUCCAGUUCCUGUUCGAGAUGCUCCAGACUCCAUCGAUGCGGAGCUGCAUCUGGUGGGUCCAGUCCUCGGCUGGCACGUUCCAGUUCUCCUCCCAAAACAAGGAGCGCCUGGCGCAGCUGUGGGGCCGGCGAAAAGGUAACCGCAAGACCAUGACCUACCAGAAGAUGGCGCGGGCGCUGAGGAACUACAGAAGCACAGGCGAGAUAAAGAAGGUGAAGCGGAAGCUCACCUACAGGUUCGAUGAGAAGACGCUGAGAGGCCUACAAGGAAACUCUAAUACAGUGUAGGAGGCAUUAUGGAGAGUGUAUAUAAGCAUAGAAAUAGACUAAGCACAAUGGAUAUUCAGAGGGUUGUACCAUUAAAGAGUAACUCAAGCCACUGCUCUGAUUGGAGGGCGUUAACAUUAUUUUGAAAUAAAAAUUUCAUGACAUAGAUAAGUCCCAAUUGGUCGACUCUAUAUCAGCAUUGGCCUUGAAAGGUUCAGGGCUGAUUUAAAACAAUAGAUGGCGUUUUUUUCCAACCCAUGAAAUGCCAAUUUUUCUAAAUUUGAUAAGUAAUGUCAAUAUUAACACCAGCAUUGGUGUGUUUCAUCACAGUACAGUCAUAUUACAGCUCAAAAAAGCAUUUUUGAAAGUGUGCGGAACCUCUUCAAUGUCCUUUCUGUUCAUUCUAAUUCUAUGGCAUGUAGAAACAAAUGAGUACUGAGUAUUUGAGAAGCCAGAAGAUGAACCACUGUAGGUGAGACUGGCAUUAAAAAUAAUGUAAAUCUAAAAGGUUAUCACUUAAUAUCUACUUUAUAAGUAGAACUUAAAUCGUUCUUAAAAUAAAAAAGUGUGUUUUUCUGUUUUUUUUCGUGAUUCUGUAUUGCAGAUAUUCAGCAGAUAUAAGAUCACUUUAUAGACUUGUUAGCAAAAAUUGUGUAAACAUGAUCUGUUUGUGUCAAGAUGAAAUAAAUUAAAAUAUUUUCAGAA